UCGAAAAGGGAGGGGAGGCCAUUCGCUUGAAUUGGGUGUGACAAUAAAGCAGAGGAAGAGAAGAGAAGAGAAUCGCAGUGGUAAGAAGGAGAAGGAGAAGAAGAAGCAGAAGAAGAAGACGUUGAAUCGCAAUAAGAUGGCAUGGUGGAAUAAGAAAGUCAUGUGCCCGGUGAAGCGGGCAUGGAUUGCGAUAGCCGCCGGCCGGGCCAAGCCACCGGAGCACGACGACGGGAUUAGUAAACUCCAUGAUGAAGUUCAAACAUGUCAAUACGAGGAUGUGCAAGUGAUGUGGGAGAUGCUAAAUAGGUCAAAGAUGGAGAUGCCGCGGAGAGACAAAUCGCCUAAGAGACACAGUUGGAGGUUGCCUUGCUCGUCGAGGCGAACAUCCUCUUGCGAUUCUAUGUAACAUCAUCAUCAUCUUCAUUGUCAUCGUCAGCAAAAGCAUGAGCACGAGAAGCAAAAAUUUUGCUAUUGGUCCUAGCAUUUUUGAUGCAUGAAUAAGGUCCUAAAACCUUAUAUGUAGAUGUACAUAUUGUAGUCGAGAACCUCUCCCCUAAUAAGGUGGCGGAAGAAGUGUUCGAAGUAGUGAUCUUAUUGAGAUCACGAAAUCUAUUUCGAUGUGGAAGUAGAGUUUAAUCAACUCAUUUAUCGUUUUCGAACUAUAUAACUUACCUUAAUGAUGA